AUGCCGUUGGAUCUAGUGGCACGGAUACGAUCGUUCCCCCUUUUCCUCUCGGCACCCGAAGAAUUUCUUGUCGCCAUUGGGAAUCACAUGAAACCUCAGAUCAAUGGGCCCAAUGACCACAUCAUCACCGAAGGAGACGACGCAAAGGCCAUGUAUUGGCUGGUACGUGGCGUGGUCGCUGUUACAUCCCGCGAUGGUGAGGCGACUUACGCGGAACUGAAACCCGGCGCCCUUUUCGGAGAGAUUGGUGUCCUCAUGGAUAUGCCGCGCACCGCUACCAUUAUAGCGCGGAGCAAAUGUCUUUUGCUCGUUCUGAAGAAGGAAGACUUGCAGUUCGUCAUGCCCAAGUUUCCCGAAAUGGAAAAGGCCAUUCGUGAGGAAGCUCAGGAGAGGCUUUUUCUGCUCAAGAAGCAGCGCCAGGAGCGGGGCGUCAGCCUGAAGUCAACCACACCCGAUUGUCCCACUCGAACCACUGUUCCCGGAAAAGUUUCGACUGGUGAGAGCGGGACGAUCAAGGAUGGUGCCGUCAUCAAUACCAAAAAGCGCAAGUCACCGAGCCCGGGUGUUAUCGAGGAUCCUGCCGUGAGCAGCGCCAUUAGCAGCGGAUUCGUGAAUAUCCGAAAGACGUUGAAAGAACUGCCUCUUUUUUCAGACCUACCACCCGAAAUCCUCCAUUAUCUGGGGCUCAGCGUACAGCCCAGGACCUACCACCCCUUCACGGACAUCAUCCGCCAAGGCUGCCCUGGCAACGAAAUCUUCUUCAUCGUCCAAGGCGAAGCCGAAGUUGUUCACGAGCCACCCAAGCGACAAACCCAAUCUGUCGACACCGCGGGAAUCGUACAGCCGAGGCCGAGGCUCAAAGCUGGUCAGUAUUUCGGUGAAGUGGCUAGUCUGGGCCUUUCACCCGGGCGGACGGCCACCGUCAGGUCCAUCACCACAGUGGAGUGUCUCAUGGUCACCGGCGAGGUAUUGGACGAGCUGUGGCGAAACUGUCCACCUGACGUCAGGCAUCAGGUUGAAGAAACGGCGAGACUGCGGCUCCAAACCCAAGACGAGGACACAGCCAUGGUGAUUGUCGACGACGACAAGGAGAGGCCAUCGAGGUCGGAUCCCUCAACUCCCUCAGCUGCCGUAAAGGGUUCCAUGCCGAACCUCACAUUUACCUCGCCGUCGAGCCAGGUGUCAAGCAGCAAAGACGACACGGACGUCAUGGAGCCCAAAGAUCCGGAUCCCUUCUUGAGCGUUGACAUGGAGAACUUGAGGAACCGUAGACGGCAGUCCUUGGCACCUCUUACUCCACAGUCGGAAAGUCCAGUGACGGGGAGACCCAACGGUUACAGGCCAUCCCUCGUAGACUUGACCCCUAUCCGGUUCAGUUCCAGCGAGAGCUCCUCGGAAUCAGGCGUGCCAGCAAAGCGAGCCAGAACAGCCACGGGCGGGUCGGUCUCGCCCCCGGCGGUGCCAAGCCUCACAGCCGACAUUUACGUGCGAAUCUUCAAGCACUUUGACAUCAAGGAGCUCAUGCGCUUGCGGCUGGUGAGCAGGCACUGGCGUGACCUGCUCACCGCUUCCCCCCAAGUCUGCAACGACGUGGACUUGUCUCAUUACAACCGCUUUGUCACGGACCACGUAAUUAUUCACGUCCUAGCGCCUUUCAUCGGAAACCGGGCCGUCUCCAUGGAUCUGAACAACUGUUUUCAUGUCACGGACGACGGCUUCGCUGCGCUAUGGCACCAAUGUGGCAAAAACGUCAGGAUCUGGCGCAUGAGGUCUGUCUGGGACGUGUCGGCUCACCAGAUUCUUGAAAUGAGCGAGAAUUCCAAGCAACUGGAGGAAAUCGAUUGGAGCAACUGCCGCAAGGUCGGCGACAAUCUGCUCUGUCGGGUCGUGGGAUGGGUCGUCCCCGAGUCGCCCACGGUCAAGAAGAGCGUUGUCAAGCCCAAUUCCGUGCAGAAGCGGCAAGACGACUCGAAGCACAAGGCCCAGAGCGCGUUUUGCCCGCCACCCGGAACCGUCAUCGGGUGCCCCAAGCUCAAGAAGCUGGACCUGUCAUAUUGCAAGCAUAUCACGGACAGGUCAAUGGCUCAUUUGGCCGCGCAUGCUUCGGAUCGCCUAUGGUCACUGUCUCUCACCCGUUGCACGUCCAUCACCGACGUCGGCUUCCAGUCGUGGGCCCAGUUCCGGUUCGAGAAGCUCACUCACCUGUGCCUGGCUGACUGCACGUAUCUGUCGGACAACGCAGUCGUGGCCCUCGUCAAUGCGGCCAAGAAUCUCACGCAUCUAAACCUGUCGUUUUGCUGCGCUCUUUCAGACACGUCUACCGAAGUGGUCGCCCUGGGACUUGCAAAGCUUCGCGAGCUGAGGAUGGCGUUUUGCGGCAGUGCCGUGAGCGACGCGAGCUUGGAAAGCAUCGCGCUGCAUCUCAACGAGCUCGAGGGGCUCAGCGUCCGCGGGUGUGUCAGAGUCACAGGCAAGGGAUUAGAGAACAUUCUCAGGGGCUGCACUCGUCUUCAGUGGACGGACGUGAGCCAAUGCCGCAAUCUCGAGCAGUGGCUCCGAGCAGGCAGCAUUGCCAAGUGGGGAUUCGAUGAUCGAGCAGGGAAGCCGGCCACGUCCGCUGACCUUUGGGCGGCGUCUGCUAACGAAGGCAUCGGAGAGAUUGCACCGCCCAAGGCGAUGAGUGUAGCGAUGCUGACGACACCAAGCUUUCUCCCACGCUCCGGACUGGGGUUUGUGAGUAGGCGAGCACGGCAGCCAGUACGGUUCAUCAUUGAGAAGAGCGUUCCGGGGCUUAGAUGA